AUGCGGACGGCUUCCAAAGCUGGGAAUGGAAUUGCGGUGCGACACCUGUUGUCGCUGGUCCCGGAGUUCCUUGCUCAGCGCGCGAAGGCGACCGCCUCCAUGCCGCCGCCCUGCUUGUGGUUUUCUACGGCAUUCCUUUCUCCCAGGGGGCCCUUGUGGGGUUCGCUGUACAGGAGGAAUGAAGCCCUCAAGACAGUACUUGUAGUUGGUGUCCUGGCUCUCGCGUCCUCUGCCCUCGAUUGGCUCCCAUCGAGGCUUCACUCCGCAGCUUAUAUCGUUACUGCAGAUGCUGCGUCGCAUCGCCAACCUAGCGGAGCGCGAGCGCCUGUUCCUUUCGACGAGAAAGACAAUUAUGACGCAUCAGGGAGUUUUAGCCAUACGGCUAGGGACGAGAUGCCCCGUGUAUCCCCGCAACCGAGGCGUGACCAAAAGGCUGCAACUCCGGAAGGGCGCCGCCAGAGGCGAGGCCCGAUAACGGGCAGACGCAGUGGCGAGUUUUUUACGGGAGUCGCAUCUUCGAGGGUCAGUGACUCAUGGAUCGAUUCCAGACACAAGCGACGCAAUGCUAGACCCACCCUCGAUGAGGAAACAUCUGCAUCAGAGAGUGGGAUAAAAUCAGAGCUUGUGGCGGAUGCGGCUUCGUAUCCACUUUCACCGCGCUUCCCCGCAGCAUCUCUGCGGUCUGCACCAGGGGACCGAUUGGGGAGGAAACCGCAAGCAGGAGCCACAAGAGAGAUUUCGACGGAGGCUCUUUCUGCAGAGGAUGACACACCAUCAGGGGAUGAGGGAGCUGCUAUAACACCCAGCCAGGGGUGGCGACUCCAUCAGCGGUAUUUGCGCUUCCACCGAACUGCGUUAAAUACAGAGGCACGAUGGAAGAUUGCUCUUCUCAUUUGCGCCAUUGCCCUGCAGGUCGUAGACGCGUAUAUCUAUCGUUACCGAGACUAUUAUGACGAAAUGAUCAUGCGACAGGCGGGAGGCAGGCAGGGACUUGGGACUUUUUUGCAUCGAUUGUUCCAUCACCCGGUUGUGUUCUACUUUUUUCUCGGUAGAAACAUCAUGUUCGUGUAUGACCUGCUCCGCUGGCUAAUUGGGUACAGGAGCGGCGAGUAUGCGCCGCCGGUGCCGCUGAACACGCGUCAGCCUCGUCGCCACGCUGCGGAUGGCCAUAAGGAGAUGGAGCGCGGGUCCCAUUUAGAGGGAACGGGGAAUCCGUUGCAGAGGGGAGAUGCGCCGCCAGACGGAAGUUCUUGCUGUGAGUCCGAGUCCUCAGGCGGUCAGCGAGAAACUCCGACACGCACGGUGGACGCGGAAGAAGAUGCAGUGUCAUCAUCCAGGAGGACGGGGAAGUCUAAGGUAGAUGGACUCAGGGAGGUCGCGAGUCAAGCGAAAGGCGAGGAGAACGCGACGGCAGGAAUCAACAAGCUAGACGUUCCGCAGCAGCUUUAA